AGGGGAAGCUGGCUUCACUGAGACACUUCGCUCUGCAACAGGUAACACCCCUACGCCACAGCUAAAAACCUCUAAUCAUUACUCUCCACUCUUUUAAUCCUAAGGUUUGUCUAGGGAUGGUCUUCUUGGCACAUUCACCCUGCCCUGAAACAAGGAUUUGCCAACGGACCUGAGGGGAGAGGUGUAAUACUUUUCAUCUGUCUCAUCUGUGGGGAAGGAACAGAAAGACAGAAUCCCUUUUUUUUUAAAUAAACGAAAUAAAAAAGGACGGGAAGAGGAAGGAGAGAAAAGCAGAAACAAUGAUGGAACUGACGAUCCAACUUAUCCCGACAGGGGAAAUAAUCCUUUCUCCAGGGAAAAAUGGAGAACACUACUGCCACCACUGCAAGGUGGUGGCUAGUGACGGGGUACGGGCUAUGAUGGAGUCGGCCCUGACAGCCAGAGACCGGGUGGGGGUGCAGGACUUUGUCCUGCUGGAGAACUACACCAGCGAGGCCGCCUUCAUAGAGAACCUGCGCAAGCGCUUCAAAGAGAACCUCAUCUAUACUUACAUUGGUUCAGUGCUGGUGUCUGUUAACCCAUACAAAGACCUGGAGAUCUACACCAAGAACCACAUGGAGCGAUACCGUGGAGUCAACUUCUACGAGGUCUCACCACAUAUCUAUGCAGUGGCUGACAACUCGUAUCGCUCCAUGAGAACAGAGAGGAAGGACCAGUGCAUCCUGAUCUCCGGGGAGAGCGGAGCUGGGAAGACAGAGGCGUCCAAGAAGAUCUUGCAGUACUACGCUGUCACCUGUCCGGCCAGCGAGCAGGUGCAGACCAUCAAAGACCGGCUGCUGCAGUCCAACCCUGUGCUGGAGGCCUUCGGCAACGCCAAGACGUUGCGUAACGACAACUCAAGCCGCUUUGGCAAGUACAUGGACAUUCAGUUUGAUUUCAAGGGUGCCCCCAUGGGAGGCCACAUCAUCAACUACCUGCUGGAGAAGUCCCGCGUGGUCCACCAGAACCAUGGAGAGAGAAACUUCCACAUUUUCUAUCAGCUAAUUGAGGGAGGAGAGGAGGACCUGCUGAGACGCCUGGGCCUGGAGAGAAACCCUCAGCAGUACCAGUACCUCGUCAAAGGUAACUGUCCCAAAGUGAGCUCCAUCAACGAUCGCACUGAUUGGAAGGUGGUGAGGAAAGCCUUGAGUGUGAUUGGCUUCAACGAGGACGAUGUGGAGGAGUUAUUGAACAUAAUCGCCAGCGUGCUCCACGUGGGGAAUGUGCAGUACGGCUCGGAGGACGGCAAUGCCUGCAUCACCUCUGACACACAGAUAAAGUACCUGUCCAGGUUGUUAGGAGUGAAUGGGACUGUGCUCACAGAGGCACUCACACACAAGAAGAUAAUUGCCAAGGGCGAGGAGCUGAUGAGCCCACUGAACCUGGAGCAGGCAUCAUCAGCUCGGGAUGCUUUGGCCAAGGCAGUGUAUGGACGCACCUUCACCUGGCUGGUUAACAAGAUCAAUGCCUCACUGGCAUACGCGGAUGACUCCUAUAAGAAUUACUCAGUCAUUGGUCUGCUGGACAUCUACGGCUUUGAGGUCUUCCAGCACAACAGCUUCGAGCAGUUCUGCAUCAACUACUGCAACGAGAAACUGCAGCAGCUCUUCAUCGAGCUCACCCUCAAGUCGGAGCAGGAGGAGUAUGAGGCUGAAGGCAUCACGUGGGAGCCGGUGCAAUACUUCAACAACAAGAUCAUCUGUGACCUGGUGGAGGAGAAAUUCAAAGGCAUCAUCUCCAUUCUGGAUGAGGAGUGUCUGAGGCCUGGGGACGCCAGUGACAUCACCUUCCUAGAGAAGCUGGAGGGCACUGUGGGAGGACAUCCACACUUUGUCACUCACAAGCUGGCUGAUGCAAAGACCCGGAAGAUGAUGGGCCGUGAUGAAUUCAGACUGCUGCAUUACGCUGGAGAAGUCAACUACAACGUCAACGGAUUUUUGGACAAGAACAACGACCUGCUCUUCAGGAACUUAAAAGAGGUCAUGUGUAUGUCAGAGAACAAGAUCCUGAACCAGUGUUUCGACAGGGAGGAGCUGGGUGACAAGAAACGUCCUGAUACAGCAGCGACCCAGUUCAAAGCAAGUCUGGCGAAACUCAUGGAGAUCCUCAUGUCCAAGGAGCCGUCGUACGUGCGCUGCAUGAAGCCCAAUGACUCCAAGCAAGCAGUUCGAUUUGAUGAGGUGCUGAUCCGUCACCAGGUCAAGUACCUGGGACUGAUGGAGAAUCUGAGGGUGAGGAGAGCCGGCUUCGCUUACAGACGCCGCUACGAGGUCUUCCUACAGAGGUAUAAGUCCCUGUGUCCAGACACGUGGCCUAACUGGCAGGGCAAGCAGGCCGAGGGAGUGGCCACACUGGUCAAACACCUGGGAUACAAGCCAGAGGAGUACAAACUGGGCAGAUCCAAAAUCUUCAUUCGUUUCCCAAAGACCUUGUUUUCCACCGAGGAGGCACUAGAGACCAGGAAACACAGUAUUGCCACCAAGCUCCAGGCAGGAUGGAGAGGCUACAGUCAGAGGUCCAAAUACCAAAAGCUCCGAACCGCAGCUAUUGCCAUUCAGGCAUGGUGGAGGGGGAUCCUGGCCAGGAGGAGGGCCCAGCGCAGGCGUCAGGCGGCUGAUACCAUCCGCAGGUUCAUCAAGGGCUUCAUCUAUCGCCACAAGGAGCGCUGUCCAGAGAACGAGUAUUUCCUGGAUUAUGUUCGCUACUCGUUCCUCAUGAAACUGCACAGGAACCUGCCCAAGAACGUCCUGGACAAGAGCUGGCCGACACCUCCAGCUGCUCUCACCGAGGCAUCAGAGCAUUUGCGUAAGCUGUGCAUGCAGAACAUGGUGUGGAGCUACUGCAAGAAGAUCAGUCCUGAGUGGAAACACCAGUUGGAGCAGAAGAUGAUCGCCAGCGAGAUCUUCAAGGACAAGAAGGACAACUACCCACAGAGUGUGCCCAAACUGUUUGUCAGCACAAGACUCAAUGGAGAGGACCUCAACCCCAAGGUGCUGCAGGCUCUGGGCACUGAGAAGAUGAAGUACGCAGUGCCAGUCACCAAGUACGACAGGAAAGGCUACAAAGCUCGACCCCGCCAGCUGCUCCUCACCAGCAGCAGCGCCGUUAUCGUAGAGGAAACCAAACUCAAGCAGCGCAUCGACUACGGAGCUCUGAAAGGGAUCUCAGUCAGCUCCCUCAGCGACGGCUUGUUUGUUCUGCACGUGCCCAGUGACGACAACAAACAGAAGGGAGACGUAGUUCUGCAGAGUGACCAUGUAAUUGAGACCUUGACCAAGAUCGCAAUCUGUGCCGACAAAAUCCACAGCAUCAACAUCAACCAGGGCAGUAUAAAGUUUACAUUGGCUCAGGGGAAAGAAGGGAUCAUAGACUUCACACCUGGAUCAGAACUACUGGUUGCCAAGGCCAAGAAUGGACACUUGUCUGUGACGGCUCCCAGACUCAACUCUAGAUGAUGGCCACUCUGAAUGCACACACACAUGCACAUGCACACACGUACACACCUCCAUACCAUACUCCAAUCACACGACUGCAGACCUGCUCUGCAUAAGCCAAUCAAAUGCCAGCUGUCUCUGCAAAGGUGGCGUGUGCUUCCAAUUAAAAAAGAAAAAAAAAAAAAUCCAGCAAAACUAAUUGAUAUAUUUAUGUUUAUAUAUUAUAUUUUUGGGAUUAAUACUGUUGCUGUUUGAAUAUUCUGAUUUUAUAUAUGAGGCCAAGGAAUAACAAAUAUUUUGGUGCAUUUUUCUUGCACCAUUUGUGUUUAUUGUGAUUUAUUUGGGAACAUGACCAAGAGAACGAUGAGGGAUCAGUCAGAAUUUGAGACAACAAUGAGAAGUCGAUUGUUGUCGAUGAAAAUCAGGGUUGGAUGUUGCUUGUUGCCUCUUGUUUUCGUUUUUUUUCCUGUUUACUUUUCCUGCUUGACUAGAAGACUUGAUCGUCUCGCUGACCCUUCUUUUCUUUUCUUUACUUAUUGAGGCAUGAAGGUGUGUAGAGCAAAGCUGAAAGUGUGUAGGAAAUCUGUGGAGAGCUUCCGGGACAAGGAGGAUUUCAAUCAAAUGGUGACACAAAAAAACCACAAAAAAAGGCCGGUAGUGUCAGACUCAAUCAAAACAAAUAGUUAGAUAUACUACUGAAUAGAUUUUACACAUCUGUAUUUGUAAGGUAGGAAGCUGAACGAUUCACUACAUGAAAUAAUGAGAGUUGCAGUGACAACGCUGCAGAAACGAACAAAGCAAGUGAAGAAAUGUGAGAGGAAUGUGAGAAGAAAGAAUGCAGCCGUGGUUUUUGCCUCAUCACCAGGUCCUCGUACCUUUCUCCUUGACUAAUGUACUCCUAAUGAGUUCGCUCAAGAGCCGAUGAUUAAUGGAAAGAAUGACGCUCAACGCAAAAGUCAUCUGACUGAUGGCUGUACCUUGUUCAGAGCCCCCCAUCAUCUCUUUCUUUAGUUUCCUCCUUUGUGUGUCUGGACCUGAACUGACCUGACCGACCGUUGUCAUGGCUACGUCUGACUAGGCUCUGACCAAAGUUAUUAAAUUUCACCAAAGGCCAUCAUUUCUUUUGUCAUUUAAGUGGAUCCCUCAUUUUUUUUUUUUUUUUUACAAUUGUUUGCCAAUGAAAGCGUGUUGACACCCAUAACGUGAGACUAAAGUUCGAUUUGAAGUCAUAUUAAAUCUAGAAUUAGCAAAAAAUGCUAGCAAAGGCCAAAAACUAUAUAUUUUUUAGGUUAAAGCUGCUGACAGCUGUGUGCGUAAAUAUUCUACAUCUCUAAAUGUGAACUUUUUAAAAGGAAUGGUUUAACAUUUUGGUUAAGACACUUGUUGAUUUUCUUUUUUCGAGAUUUUUCCAGUAGAUUGUUACCACUCGCGUGUCUUUGCAAGUAUAAAGAUCCAGGUGGGAGAUGCUAGCUCGCCUCAGCAUUGGGAGAUAGCUUCAGAGCUAGGUGCUAUCCUAGGAGUUAGGAGCUAGCUUAGGAGCUGGGCACUAGUUUAGCUUUGAGAAAAAUAACUUGCUUGGCUUUGUCCAAAGGUUAAAAAAGACACCUAAGUUUGGGUUUUAAUACACACUAAAUAUAUAUAUAAGAUAUUUUGUUUGUUUAAAUAAUAAAAAAAGCCAUAAUGUUUAAUUAGAAGAUAUCAUUUAAUGAGAAUUAGUGUUGCUGUUAAGGAAAGUUUAUUCACUGUUUCCCCAUUUUUAGCCUUUAUGCUAACACCAGCUAAACAUCUCCUGGCUGUAGAUUCAUAUUGGGCACAAAGACGUGGAAAUAGUUGUAUUUUCACAGAAAUUUGACCCAUUCAGGGCAAAAGAACGUCAAAUUAUGUGGAGCACUAAACAUUUUAAUUAAAUUAAAUACAACACAUGACAACAGUGAAAUAUUUAUGCAACAACAUAAGAAAACAUGAUAUGAAGUUAAGAGCCUCUAACAGACCAGUUCUACUUUCGAUAUGUCUUUGUCCAAACCUGACUCUGACCCUUGGCCCCUUCCUCAGACCUACAGGUGAGACCAAAGACUGACGGUGAAGAAGUUGUGUUCUUGAAAACUUUUUGAGAGGAGCUCCAAAACGUUUCUUUAUUUCCCGACCUUGUUUUCUCGACAGAACUUUUUCUUGGCGCGGCUUCUGGGUGGCGAGGCAGGUGCAAUAUGCCGAGGCAGGACUGUGCUGUCGCACUUAACCUAUACUAGCCAAAGACCCUGUUGAUUUAUACUGAUUCUGUGUAUGAUUCAUAUGAUAAUAUUAUGGAUGUUGUGUUUAAUUUUGUAUUUCAGGAGGGUUUGUACAGUUUGUGUCCUGUGUCAUAAAUGAGAGAUUCAAGCCAAGUGAGGUUUGAUGAUGUGAAACAUUUGGAGAGAAGAAGCUUUUAGUAUUGUUUUGUUGACAUGUUCACGUGCCUUGUUGGAUAGCAAUACGACAGAUGUGUGUGGAAAUAAAAGAAAUAUACCUCCUGGACAGAGUUGAGUCGUCGGCUGGAGACGGUCGUCCGGCUCUUUCUAAAAGUUUCCCAGCAGCCCCUGCAGGUUGCUUUCUCUGCGUGGAUAAGCUUUAUUCAAACCAAACCCAAAGUUUGUCUGUUGAUUUACAAUUGCACUCCUAUUAUCAGUCCUGACUUACUGUAUGCACCAAACCAAUGUAUAAUUACAGCACACUAAAAAUAAGAUACUACAGAUUGAAAAAAUAAAUUUCAAAAGUAAAUACAAACUGA